AUGCAUAUCCGAGCCAAGCUGGCCAUCAUGUCUGGCGCCAUCAACGAGAAGAGCCGCGCUCAGCACGCUGCCCGCGUGGCCACCGUGCAAAAGGCGCUCCGCGAAUGGAACGAUGAAGGCCGCAAGACCAAGCUCUGCACCGCCCGCCCCGGCUGGUUGGCCAUGUCGCUUCGUACCGGCCGCUACAAAAAAACCAUGACUGGCAUCCCCACCCACAAGUUGGGCAACGUCAUCUCCAUCAACGAGGAGAAGCGCACCGUCUUUGUCGAGCCCAACGUGACCAUGGGUCAAAUCACUGCCACCCUCAUGCCCCUGGGCUGGACGCUUCCCGUCCUCCCCGAGCUCGAUGAUCUCACCGUUGGUGGUCUCGUCUGCGGUGUGGGUAUUGAAUCCUCAUCCCACAAGCACGGUCUCUUCCAGCACUGCUGCAAGGGCUUUGAGCUUGUGUUGGCCAGUGGUGAAGUUGUGUCUUGCAGCGCCGAUAACAACCCCGAGCUCUUCAAGGCUGUUCCUUGGUCCCACGGUACCCUCGGCUUUCUCGUGGGUGCCGAGCUUGACAUUGUUCCUGCCAAGCCCUACGUGCGCCUCGAGUAUGUCCCCCUCUUUGAUCGCAAGACCGCCGUGGAGACUUGCCUCGAGUCUUACAAGAACACUGACCUCGACUUUAUUGAGACGCUCAUCUACUCGCGCGACGAGAUGGUCCUGAUGAAGGGCGCCAUGGUCGACAAGCCCGAACCCGGAAAAGUCAACGCCAUUGGCACUUGGUACAAGCCUUGGUUCUUCACCCACGUCCGCAGCUAUCUUGAGAAGAAGAAGCCCGGUGUGGAAUACAUUCCUCUGCGUGACUAUUACCAUCGCCACACCAAGAGCCUGUUCUGGGAGCUCCAGGAUAUCAUUACCUUUGGCAACGAUCUCUGGUUCCGUGUUCUCUUUGGCUGGAUGAUGCCCCCCAACCACAGCAUCCUGAAGCGUACUCAGACCGAGGAGCUGCGCAAGCUCUACGAAGACCACCAUGUCGUCCAGGACAUGCUCGUGCCCGGCUCCAAGCUGCAGGAGUGCCUGGAUGUCCAGGACCGCGAGUUUGGCUGCUAUCCUCUUUGGCUUUGCCCCAUGCGCAUCUUCCCCGAAGACGCUGGCUUUAUCAAGCCUGCCAAGAACGGCGAGGAGAUGUUUAUUGAUCUCGGCAUUUACGGCAACCCCUCCAACAAGGAUUUCAAGCCUCAGGUCAACCUGCGCAAUGUUGAGAACUACGUGCGCUCUGUUGAGGGCUUCCAAAUGCUGUACGCCGACAUGCUGCAGUCGCGCGAGGAGUUUGAGGAGAUGUUUGACCACAAGUUGUACCGCAAGAUGCGCAAGGAGCUUGGCUGCGAGGGCGCCUUCCCUGAGGUCUACGACAAGGUCUGCAAGGCUGCUCGCUGGUAA